AUGAAAGGUUUACUUUACUACGGUACUAAUGAUAUUCGCUACUCUGAGUCCGUCUCAGAGCCUCAGAUCCAAAAUCCUAACGAUGUCAAGCUAAAGGUUAGCUUCUGUGGAAUCUGCGGAACAGAUUUGAAAGAAUACACAUACUCUGGAGGCCCGGUUUUCUUCCCGAAAAACGGGGCUAAGAACGAAAUUUCCGGCUACGAGCUCCCUCUUUGUCCUGGCCACGAGUUCAGCGGUGUUGUUGUCGAGGUCGGUACCGGCGUCAAGAACGUGAAGCCGGGAGAUAGAGUCGCUGUGGAGGCUACUUCUCAUUGCUCCGAUAGAGCAAGAUACAAGGACACUGUUGCUCAGGACUUGGGCCUUUGUUUGGCAUGUGAGUCUGGAUCUCCUAACUGCUGUACCUCGCUCAGUUUCUGUGGACUGGGAGGUGCUUCCGGUGGAUUCGCCGAGUACGUUGUUUACGGAGAGGAUCACAUGGUCAAGUUGCCGGAAUCUGUUCCGGACGAUAUUGGUGCACUGGUCGAGCCUAUUGCUGUUGCCUGGCACGCUGUCGAACGCGCAAGAUUUAGACCGGGCGACACCGCCCUCGUUCUUGGUGGAGGUCCUAUCGGUUUGGCCACCAUUUUGGCUCUCCGUGGUCACCAGGCUGGAAAAAUUGUCUGUUCUGAGCCGGCAAAAAUCAGAAGAGAAUUUGCCGAAGACCUGGGAGCAGAAGUUUUCGACCCAACCCAGACAGAAGAUGCUAACGCUGCUCUGAAAGCAAUGGUGCCGGAAAACGAAGGUUUCCACGCCUCGUUCGACUGUUCCGGUAUUCCUCAAACCUUCACAACAUCGGUGGUUGCAAUCGGCCCAUCUGGAACGGCCGUCAACGUUGCCAUUUGGGGUGACCACCCUAUCGGAUUUGCUCCUAUGUCUUUGACCUACCAGGAGAAAUACGCCACCGGUUCGAUGUGCUACACUGUCAAGGACUUUGAGGCCGUUGUCAAGGCCCUGGACGAAGGACUGAUUCCUAUUGAAAAGGCCCGCAAACUAAUCACAGGAAAAGUCAACCUUAAAGACGGUGUCGAGCUUGGAUUCAAGCAGCUCAUCGAACACAAGGAGACAAACGUCAAGAUUCUGGUCACUCCUGACGAAGUCUAA